UAAAACAGUCCUCUGUGUUUCGUGUUAUAAUUGGUAGUUGAGUCACAACAUUUGUUUUUUUUUUUUUGCAAAAUUUUCGGUUAAAAUGAUCGAGACAAAAUAUAAUUGGGAUUUCCUAUUGAGCAUUCAACAUCCGAAAUUGGGUAGACAGUUUUAAAUUUGGCUUCGCCCAAAAAUUGAUUCUUUUGACAAAAUAUUUUGUUUAGCAAAUGAACAAUUGAAUUCUAAAAAAAACUCAUGCUGAUUAUUAAUAGCAUUCCAAAAAUGUUGCACCGAGUGCCUCUAUGAAAGAAUGAGCGAAACACAUGCGACAAUAUGGCUAACGAUUGUUCGUUGUAACAUCUAAUGUCUGAGUAUUCGAAGGAGAUGUAAGAAUUACGAUUGUGUUAAAUUGGUGUUAAUUUGUAUGUGUGCCGUGUAAGCAAUUAGGUACAAACAAUGAGAGCAGUAGACACACAAAGCGAAUGAACGAGCGAGCGAGCGAAUGAGUAAGCCUAACUGAUACCAAAUAGAAUGUGAAUACGAGGUGACGCAUUGUUGCUAAUGAUCUGAAAGUGAUAAGAAAAACGAAUCAAUGCGUCAGUCGGUGUGUGUAUACCGUUAGCUGUGCUUUCUAUGGAACUUUCCGCUCUCCCUUCGUAGUGAGUCACACAGCAAUAAUCUCAGUAGCAGUCACAGUCUAAAAUCAACACUCAAGACAAACAGUCAUUCAAACACAUUCGAAACUAUUUCGUUUUUUUUUCUAUUCGACGAAACUAAAAGUUGACUAGUUUUUAUUGCAAUAUUACUAUCUGAAUUGGUGUUAAGUUUUUUGUCCCCCGAUUUUUGUAUAGUGUUGUUAAAUUUUACAAACAGUUUUUCUUUAUAAAAUCUGCGAUUGUUUCUGAUCGUUCGAAGAAUGAGUCCAUUGGCACCGCAAAUGAACGGUAUUCAAACAUUCAACCAUCGCACCGACACCCAGCACAGCCUAGUCGAUCCGACUUUGUCGAACAACGAGCAAAAAUUCGUAUAUUCAUUGGGUGCUUUGUACGGGAUGCGUCACAGUCAAAGUCGAGUGCCAAAUUUGAGUAAUCGUAAUAUGCUCUCAUCGAUUAGCCGACCGGAUGCUGUUCCCAGUACGAGCUUUCCGAACAUGUUCAGCUUUAACGUGAUGUCAUCGGCUUUGGGCCAAAUACACGGUGGUCGUCGCACACACAAUCACUAUCAGUCGGCACCACGACUUAACCAAAAUCGUCACAAUGGUGGACACACGAAUAACGGCGCCAUGAACGGUGACCGGCAAAGGCAACCAAAUCGAGAUAGAGGUCAUAGCAACGGUGCACACAGCAGUGUUCAAGUUCGACUAUCAAUCCGAAAUGAAGUGAAAUUGAAAGAAGCGGAGAAUGCAUGGAAACCGACGUUUUUGCAAAAAUCCCAACCAAAUGACAAUGACAACGCUGCCGAUCUCUACAAACAGGUGCGUUCAAUUUUGAACAAAUUGACGGCACAAAAUUUCGGUGUGUUGUCACAGCAAUUUCAGAACUUGCAAAUUGAUACCAAGGAAAAAUUGGUGGAGGUCAUUAAUUUGGUGUUCAACAAAGCCGUUAACGAGCCAAAUUUCUCGGAAGGAUAUGCCAAGCUGAGCCAAUACCUAUCACACUGUUCCAAGCAAAUCGAUUCAUCGUCCACUGAACGUGCAUAUUUCAAGCGAACGCUUAUCAACAAGUGCCAAAUCGAAUUUGAACAGCAUGUGGCCAAUAAAAAUACCACUGUGGCCGCUCUCGCACCGCUCAUGGAAAAAUUGCAAUCGUACGAAAAGCAGGGCGAUUUAAAUGGCAUUAAUGAAAUCAAAGCCCAAAUUGCGGAAGAAGAAUCAACGCUGCGGCGUCGUUUGGUGAGCACCGUCCGUUUCAUCGGUGAACUCUACAAAUUGGACAUGCUGACAACUAAUAUCAUGAAUGUGUGCAUUAGUACGCUCGUUCGUGAGGCGGCACCAAAUCAAGCGAAUUCCAAUCAGGCCAAUGAAAAACUCGAAUGCCUCUGCAAAUUGUUGACAACUGUUGGCGGAAAAUUGGAACGAAAACCAUCGGCCAACGAUAAUUCCGACAAAACCAAAACACAAUACCUAGACCUUACUAAUUAUAUGAACCAACUCAAGCGCAUCGCUGACAACAAAAUUCGCAACUUCAAAGCCAGCACUCGCAUCAAGUUCAUGAUUAUGGACGUCAUCGAGCUACGUAACAACAAAUGGAAGCCAAAAAUUACCAUCGCUCAGACACAUUUGACAAAUGCGUGAAUGCAACCGCACACACAACAAGUGAUUCUGGAGAGACUGAUUUGCUAAAAUCUCAACUAAUUACGAAUUUUAAACAAUUAAUUUUAAUUACAUUUACAUCAUUUUAUUAUCUAUUCCAAUCUUAUCGAGAGUAAAAAUAAAUAUUGUGAAAAUUAUGUGAAAAAAA